AUGGCAGACCAGAAAGCCAAGGAUGCUAUGUUGGAAGAGAUCGCCAAGAUGCAAGGUCCAGAAGGUUUUGAUUUCGUGGUCAUCUGCUGCUCCGACCAGAGCGCGGAAGACUUCUGGCAGGCCAGGCUAACUCAGACGAUUCGGCAAGUCACCGGAUCCAACAGCAUCGUCAUUUGUGUCCACGAGGACUGGAAUGGGGGUGCCGGCAAUGGCCUGGGUACUCUCUAUGCCUUCGUCAAGGCCUGCUCCAAGGGCAAGGAAAUGGGGGUCGACUUGGCCCACUCGAUGCAUGACGGCAUGUCGGUGGCCAUUUACCACACCGCUGGGAAGGGAACACGCUUGGCUCCCCUGCCCGGUGCGGAGAACAACAACAAGCCAGGGGUGAAGCUGCCGGGUCUUCUCUCAGUCGCUGGAAGAUUCGAGCCCAUAACAGUCCUCGAGAGCGUGCUCCGACAAACGAGCAGCUAUGGAUCUGUUCGCGGUGGUCGGUGUUCUGUUUUCUGGGGCGACCAGAUCUUCGUGCCCUCGUGCGGCAUCCAGAAGACCGACUACCCGGCCGACAUUCUUGCAGCCUUGAGGCCCAUGCCCACGAAAGAACAGUGGGAGUCGGAAGCGCUGCACCAGUAUGGCCUGAUUGCAGUCGAUUCCAAAGGCGACGCGAUGCAAUUGGAGAAGGUCACCUACGACACUGCCGUGCAGUACCUGCCCAAAGAUGUGGCACAAGUUGGCACGUCGUUGGGAUCGUUCUCCGUCUCAGCAGCCUUGAUGGAUGCCCUUUUGGCAGAGUUUGCCCCGGAGCUCCAUGACAAGAAAGCCUGCCUAGACUCAGACCCACACUUCUGGAUGCCUCUGACCCUCAAGAAGGCCGAUUACAUCGCUGUGAUGGGCAAGAAGGCUGUUUCAGCUGACGAAGCUGGAAAGCAUUACGAUCGCAUGGCGUCGUUCAAGAACAGCUUUAAAAAGACAGGUGGCAUCCUGGGUUGCGUAGAUGUCGGGCAGCAGGCAUACUGGUGGGAUUAUGGCCGAUUAGAGCUGUACAUGCGAAACAAUUUUCUCAUAACAGAGGCCAACCCCAGCGCGCACGCUCUGCGGACGUUUCUGCGACUGCAGCAGCCGAGCCUCGAAAGUGACCUGAGCUUGCGACAACAGUGGAACACGCUUGACGGCGUCACGGUGGACGCCACCUCUGUGGUACUGAACUGCCGAAUCGGGGGCGGCAACAUCGGGCCAGGCUGUGUGCUGGUCAAUGUCGUUGCGCCCACCAUAGAAGUUGAGAACUGCAUCCUGGUGAAGGUCGCAUCAUCGCGGCCCAUUUCUGGAAAGGGCGGUUUGCUCUACAACGUGGUCGAAGACAGCAAGGGCGACAUGCUGCUUUGCGACCGAGUUCGUGCUGACGUCUUCAUGCCAGAUGGCAUCCACCACAAGAUCUACUCCACGCCCAGCACCGAUGGUGGCAAGGUCUGGAAAGAAAAAGUUGAAGGCAACAACUACAGCUUCGAGGGAAUUUACAAGGCCAACCAGCCUCUCGACGUCUCGAAGUGCACAAAAGAGGCGAAUGCCGCGCAUGACGCAGUCGGCAACAAGGUGAUGCCCGUCUCUGCGCUGACCAACAUAUUUAUGUCCAUGUACAGCUGCUGCGCCAUGCGGUAA